CAGCUUCCGGCAGCUUCCUGUCGUUUCCGGCAGCUUCUUGGUGGCUGAAGGGAAAGUGGGAGCCUGUUGUUGGGCAGAAACAUCAUUCAAAGGAACCAUGGAUGGUGAGGAAAAGACAUAUGGUGGCUGUGAAGGCCCUGAUGCCAUGUAUGUGAAGCUUAUCUCCUCAGAUGGCCAUGAGUUCAUUGUGAAGAGGGAGCAUGCAUUGACUUCUGGAACAAUCAAAGCCAUGUUGAGUGGUCCAGGCCAGUUUGCUGAAAACGAAACAAAUGAAGUGAACUUUCGAGAGAUCCCAUCUCACGUCCUGUCGAAGGUGUGCAUGUACUUCACCUACAAGGUGCGCUACACCAACAGCUCCACAGAAAUCCCCGAGUUCCCCAUUGCCCCUGAGAUUGCCCUUGAGCUCCUCAUGGCUGCCAACUUCCUUGACUGUUAGAUGUAUGCUGUACAUUUUCAGGAACUUUUUUUUUUUUUUUUUUUAAAGAGUCCUUUAAAUUUUUGCCAUUAAAAUUAUAUUUUGGU